UGUUGUCAGUAAGCUGCGUCGCUUAGACGACCCAACCGCGGAUCCUCGCGCGCAAUCACGACCGACGCCCUGCAACCGACGACGACCUACGUUUUCACCCGCCCACCAGCCCGCCUCCUAACAAACAACACACAUACAACAACAUUUGCCUCUGCACAUCCCUACAAUCAUCAUCUCAUCAUGACGCGCUCCCGUCGAGUCCAGAGAGACCUCAGUACCUCCCGCUCCGACACCUCCGCAUCCACCUCCCCCGAGCGGGGCAUCGACGACGACAAUGACUCCUUCAUGCUCCAGCCGAAUGAUUCGCAGUCAUCCCUAGCGCUGUCGGUAUCCCCCGAUUUCGACGAAGAGACGCUCCGCCGUGAGCUCGAGGAGCGAUGUCGCGUCUCCCCCAUCUCCCGCCUGCCCGCUGAGCUCAUGAUUGCCAUAUUCGCUAAGCUGUCCUCGCCUGGCGACCUGAAGCACUGCAUGCUAGUGUCUCGGGAGUGGUCGAGGAACAGCGUGGGGCUGCUUUGGCACCGCCCGCAAACGAACAAGUGGGGCAGCGUGAAAAACGUCAUUACGACGGUCCGGAAGGCCGACAGCUUCUUCGACUAUGGCAGCCUGAUCAAGCGACUCAACUUGUCUGCGCUCGGAAACGAAGUCAGCGACGGAACUUUACAGCCGUUGUCUGGAUGCAAGCGUGUUGAGCGGUUGACGCUGACCAACUGUACAAAGCUCACGGAUCUGAGUUUGACGGCGAUGCUCAAGCAUAACCGGAGUCUUUUGGCUCUGGAUGUUACCGGACUGGACUCUAUUACAGAUAAGACGAUGCUCGCUUUGGCGCAGAACACUGUCCGACUCCAGGGGCUGAAUAUCACCAACUGCAAGAAAAUCACGGACGAGUCCCUUGAAGCAGUGGCACGUGCUUGCAGACAUCUCAAGAGGCUCAAACUCAAUGGUUGCUCUCAAUUAACCGACAAGUCUAUCAUCGCAUUUGCUAUGAACUGCCGCUACAUCCUCGAAAUCGACCUGCAUGACUGCAAGAACCUUGAAGAUGAAUCAAUCACUACCCUCAUCACCGAAGGACCCCAUCUACGCGAACUACGCUUGGCACACUGUGGGCGAAUCACAGAUAAUGCAUUCCUUCGUCUUCCUUCCGAGGCUUCCUACGAGAGUCUCAGGAUCCUGGAUCUUACCGACUGUGGCGAGCUUCAAGAUAUGGGUGUCCAGAAAAUCGUUCAGGCCGCUCCCCGCCUGCGCAACCUGGUCCUUGCUAAAUGCCGGCUGAUCACAGACCGUGCAGUUUUGGCCAUUACGCGACUAGGGAAGAACUUACACUAUAUUCACCUCGGUCAUUGUUCGAGGAUAACGGAUGCUGGUGUAUCUCAGCUCGUCAAGUUGUGCAAUCGAAUUCGGUACAUUGACCUAGCCUGCUGCGUGCUCCUCACCGACGCUUCGGUCACCCAACUUGCGACUCUGCCGAAAUUGAAGCGAAUCGGCCUGGUAAAGUGCGCUGCCAUCACAGACCGGAGCAUCUUGGCGCUAGCAAAACCGAAGCAACAGGGACAUGGGGGCCCUGUAGUUCCGAGCGUGUUAGAGAGGGUCCAUCUCAGCUACUGCACAAACCUGACGCUCUCAGGCAUUCACGCUUUGCUGAACAACUGUCCACGCCUUACUCAUCUAAGUUUGACAGGCGUCCAGGCCUUCCUGCGCGAAGAUUUGAUUGUUUUCUGCCGUGACGCUCCAGCAGAAUUCAACGACCAUCAACGCGACGUAUUCUGCGUUUUCAGCGGCAUCGGCGUGACGCGCCUGCGCAACCACUUGAACGUCGAUUCUCGGAUACUUAUCGACCCCGACCGCACAAUGUACGACGAGAGUGAAGAGCCCGAAAUGAUCCUCAACGUCACUGCGCAAGCCAACGGUAUGGCGAUCGAGGAAAUGGAUGAUGAUUUCGGAGAGGGCAGUGAAAUGAUGGGUCAGGAUUAGGUUCCUCCCUCUUUCUACUUCGUUAACGCUUUUGCUCUCAUAGGAAUUCUUGGAAAUUAGUGCGACUAACACUUCCAAUCUCCUAUUGAAUCAUCCAAUAUCGGAACAUUGAAGCGGAUCAUUUUUUUCUAUAGGUGCUGGCACGGUAUGUGGUCGUCGAUCGACAUGACAUCACUCACCUAAUUCCUGUUCUUG